AGCCUCGGACGCGAGAUCGAUGAGGGUGAGCGGGGCCUGGCCGCUGGAGCGAUAAGGGCAUCGGGGCCGGCGCAGUGCUGAGGGAGGCGGGCUGGUUGCCCGGGCCGAAGCCUCGGGAGGGUGGAGGGCAGAGAGCAGGGCUUGAGUCGGUCGGAGUCUGUCGGAGCUGACGGAGCCGGGCCGUUGCAGCGCGGCUUCCGCGCCGACCGGACUGGUGGCAUCUCCUGUAGACUGGAUCCGAGAGGCCCGGAGUCCAGUUCCUGCACUGCAUCCCUGACAGGUGGUCAGGUCUGAUCGACCACCAUCGCUGCUGGAGAGCUCACUACUCUGUGAGUGAUGUAGAAGUGCUCAAAGGCUCCAUGGAAGGAAUGAACCCAGAUCAAUCUCUUGAUUUCAGAGGAAACCAGCCCUUAGCUCUUGCAACUCAUGCAAGAGUUUCCUUUGAGAACUCCAAACAAGUUGCCACGAUGCCCUUUCUACAUGGCUUCCGGAGGAUCAUUUUUGAGUACCAGCCUUUGGUAGAUGCAAUUUUGGGAUCUCUGGGCAUACAAGAUCCUGACAGACAGGAUAGUCUGGAGAGCCCACGUUACUUGGCUAAUGAUGGCAGUCGAGUCCUUGUUCUCAAUGAGCUGUUGGAGAGGGAAGCACAUUCCCCUUUUUACCAGGAAGGUGUGAGUUAUUCCUUGCUGAAGAUGGCAGAGCUUGGGCUGACACAUGCAGCUGACAUCCUGCUGCAGAAUGGAGCCAACCUCAACUUUGAAGAUCCUGUCACUUACUACACUGCUCUGCACAUUGCUGUCCUCCGUAACCAAUCUGACAUGGUAGAGCUGCUGGUGCAUCAUGGAGCUGACAUUAACAGGAGAGACCGGAUCCAUGAGAGCAGCCCUCUGGACUUGGCCAGUGAGGAACCUGAGCGGCUGCCCUGCUUGCAACGACUCCUGGACCUUGGGGCUGAUGUUAAUGCUGCUGACAAACAUGGAAAGACAGCUUUGCUUCAUGCAUUAGCCAGUAGCGAUGGGGUCCAAAUCCAUAACACUGAGAACAUCCGGCUUUUGUUGGAAGGAGGAGCAAAUGUAAAGGCCACCACCAAAGAUGGUGACACAGUCUUUACAUGCAUCAUCUUCCUGCUUGGUGAAACAGUGGGAGGGGACAAAGAGGAAGCCCGCAUGAUCAACCGGUUCUGCUUUGGUGUCACUCAGCUGCUACUGGCCCACGGAGCAGACCCUAGUGAAUGCCCACCCCAUGAAUCUCUCACCAAUAUCUGCCUGAAGAACUUUAAGCUACACUUUCCACUCCUACGCUUCCUUCUGGAAUCUGGAGUCCCCUACAAUUGCUCCCUCCAUGGCCCAUCUUGCUGGUCUGGCUUCCAUAUUAUCUUUGAGAGACUUUGUUCCCAUCCAGGCUGUCCUGAAGAUGACAGCCACUCUGAACUCCUGCAGAAAGCAGAGGCUGCUUUGGAGCUUAUGGUAGCUAGUUCCCAGAGAAUUCAGCUGCCUAGCAACUUUGAGGUCAACCCCAAGGGCUGCCUGGCAGAAAAGAUCAAGGCCCUCUAUUCUUCCUUAAAGCAACUAGAGUAUUGUCCCCCACCCCUCAAACAUUUGUGCCGUGUGUACAUUCGCCAACAACUCCGACCUUGGCCUGUGGAUGUCAAGGUUAAGGCCCUACCUCUUCCUGAUAGGCUAAAGUGGUAUCUACUCAUUGAGCACAGUGGUUCUAAUGAUGAUGAUGUCUGAGGUGGCCCAGCAAGCUCUUUCAUCUUCCAUUUGUCUUCCCCCAGCCCUAUCCUCCUCCCCCUCCCCUGGAUCUGAGAUUUCCCAGGUUGCAAGGCACAAUGGUUGGAGGCAGCUCUAACUUGACAAUUUGACCAUUUGUGCACAAAAUGAGUGUUAGGUCCCUGGGUUCUGGGAGGAGAGAGGGGGUAGCCCUUUUCCUCAUUGAACUCCAUCUAAACAUAGCUGAGGUUUGGGAAAGACCUGGUUCUUCCUGGUGCUAGGAAACAUACGUGGGUAUUCCCUAGGGUUUCUGACUGGGGUGCUUGAUGAUAGAUGCUUCACCCAUUCCUGAUAUAAGAUGCAUUUUUGAAGGUGAGUUUCCCCCAUGAGCUGAAGAUAGGAUUCUAAGCCUGGGAGGUGCUGUGAUGUUCUUUUAUUUCCUCAGAUUUAAGUGGAAGAGGAAUUUACUUGCUGUGUAACAGUCACUGAACUUCACCUCUAGAUAGCAUUGGAGGGAACAAAAAGUCAGCCUAUGCUGGUAGACAAACUGCUAUGAAACUCUAGGUUUUAGCAAACAUUUGGUCUUCUAGGAGCUGUAGGAAAUGUACAUUCUUCCUGGUUGGAGAAGCCACAGUAAUUUUAGGUGAUCCAAAGGGAAUUAAAGUGGCCAGCCUCUUUCAAUAGCUAAAGUCCCAGAAGUUGGUUUUGUUUCAGGGCAGGGUGAGAGGUAUGGGAGGGGGCAAAGAUAAGGUUGGACAUGUAACCCUAUACCCUCCCUCUGCUAUUUUUCACCAUGGGUUCUCUUAGCUGUUACUUGGCAGUUCCUGCCAAAGUGCCUUUUGAGUGGCAGGGGAAAAUAGCUACUGAAAACUUACAUACGCUUCACACUCCCAUGAGUGAAGAUAAGCUCAGACCUCUUUCUAACAGCAUUGCAGAGAUAUGAAGCGGGGAUGUUAGGUCACAAUGCACAGGGCUGGUUUGAGCUACCUCACCUUGUCAGUGGGUAGUAGGUAGUAUGUACAAAAUGUAACAUUAACAUGCUGAUAUUCUCCCUAACCCUAGUGCAAAUUAUGGUUAAAGUGCCAAAACCAGGAGCUCUCUCUUCACUACUGGAAAAUAAAGUGCUAUGUAUGAUACUACUUGUGUUUAAAAGCAAUUUAAUUACAAGUGUAUUCAAGUAUGUGGCCUUUAUCAAAGUCAGUCUUGUCUUUGUGAGGAAAGCCUCAAGUAUGGGAAAUCACUAUUUAGUUCUGUUGUUAAGUCCAGACUGUGAAACUUCACUGCCAAAAUCCAUAGUCAUUGUUCUCCCCUCCCCCCCAAAACUACAAAGCUUUUAAAAGUCAUGCUGGAUGUUUGAAGACGUAUAAAACUAUACUAUUAUACUGCACUGAUGUUUGGAGUAAGCUAAAGCAAUUAAAUGAGAUCUUUUGUAAAAUUAAA